GCAAAUUAGACCGUACAGCCGGCUGUACCUAGGGCAUGGUACAGCCGGGUUUUUUUUGUAAAUUAUUCCAAGUUUGAGUCUAAUCUUCGUCCUUCCCAGCUGUUUCGUCCUCUUCUCCCAACUUUCUUUCCUUCAUCUGUUUCGUCUCUACCGCGACUCUCCCAGCUGGUUUCCGUCUGGUCAUCGAUCAAUUGGAGUUUAGUUUUUUGAAGUUGUUCAUUCAGUUCAGGUUAUUGUCUUCUGAAUUGCAGGUUUAGGUUUAGGUUAUUUUCUUCUAUCGUAGGAACAAAAUAAUAUUUUGUUCAUUCAAUUCAUAUUUUUUUGUUGUAGCAUUUGGGUUUAUCCAAGAUUUGAUGCUAUGUCUAGUUCUGGAGAUGGUAUUUCUUUUAGUGGCAAAUUAAUAGAAGAUAUUGAGGCGAGAGGCGAACUUUUUGAAGUUGAUUGUCAUUACUUGCAUUCUGCUGAUACCUUAAGUGAAGAAAUUUUGUCAAGAACUGAAUCUGUUCCUGUCCUACCAAGUAUUGUGUUUUCUUACAUUUUAUUACUUUGUUAGGUUUUUCCCUAUUCAAAUUUUUAAUUUUUUUUUUAUUGCAGUUCAAAAUUCUUCUACUUUUGUUCAUGUAGAUCAAACUGAUGAGUCUGUGUGUUCUGAAAAUAUAUGUGUUAAGGAAGCAGACAUUUCUGAUUUAUUGGGUAAAACAGUUUUUUCGGAAGAAGAGGCAUUUGAUCUAUAUAAUGACUACGCUUAUAGAAUUGGAUUUGGUGUUCGCUAUUCUACUUUGAGAAAGAGGAGUAACGGUGUUGGUUUUAGAGGAAGGGAAUUUUGUUGUACGAAACAAGGUAUGAAAAGAAACAAAGGUGUUGUAGGUAAACAAUAUACAAAAGUUGAUAGACGAACUGGUUGCAAGGCAAAAGUUUAUUUUGAGUUCAAAUCUACAGGUGAGUUGGUUGUUGUUAGGCAUGAUAUGGUUCAUAAUCACCAGUUUUGCCCGGAAUCUUUAGUUCAUCAUGUUAGAUCUCAUCGUGCUGUUUCUUCAAGCGAGUUGGAGUAUUUGCAACAUUUAAAAAAUAAAGGAGUUAAGAUUGCAGAUGGUUUUCGUUGCUUGCAAGCUGAAGCGGGUGGAUCUCCUUCUGUUGGUUUUCUUUUGCGCGAUGCUUAUAAUGAACUGACAAAAAAGUCUAAGAAAUCUUUUGACGGUUGUGAUGCAAAUACAUUGAUUAAUAUUUUUAAGAACAGGCAUGCAAAUGAAGAAGACUUUUUCUAUUCUUUUGAGGUUGAUUUGGAUGGUUCUCUUUGUAGCUUUUUUUGGAGAGAUAAGAAAAUGAGAGAAGAUUAUACUGCAUUUGGUGAUUUAGUUAUUCAUGAUACGACUUAUCGGACCAACAAAUAUGAUAUGAUUUGUGGUCCAUUCGUUGGCAUUAACUCUCAUACUCAUAAUUGCAUGUUUGGUUGUGGUUUUUUAUUGAAUGAAAGAAUUGAGUCGUUUGAAUGGCUUUUCACUACAUUUUUGCAAUCUAUGGGUUCUGUUCAUCCAAGAACUAUUAUGACAGAUCAAUCGGCCGCUAUGUCUGCUGCAAUUUGUAAAGUAUUUCCUCUCUCGAAACAUCGUCUGUGUGUUUGGCAUAUCAUUGAAAAUUCAAAGAAACAUAUACGUGACUUGAGGAAUCAAGAGGGCUUCUUAGAUUUGUUUGAUCAUGUUCUGAAAUUGUGUCACACCGUUGCAGAAUUUGAUCAUUACUGGAAUAGAAUGAUCUCUGAAUACAAUUGCUCUGAUAAUCCUUGGUUGAAGAAACUAUAUGAGAUGAAAGAGAAAUGGUGUCGAGCUUUUUCAAAAGAGUUCUUUUCAGCUGGAACCUUGUCUUCACAACGAAGUGAAUCCACAAAUCAUUCUUUGUCUAGAAAAAUGAAUGCGAACUCGUCUCUUUGUGACUUUUACCAUUUUUUCAGUGAGGCUGUCAGUGAAUGGCGAAGUAAUGAACGAAAAGAUCAUCAACGUUGUUGGGAUGGUUAUCCUGAAAUUGCUAUUCCCUAUGUUGGUUUGUUACAUAAGGCAUCCAAGGUUUACACGAUUGAUGCAUAUAAACUCUUUGAAAAGGAAUUUAUGAGAGGUGGACUCGUACAGCAAAGUGUCACGUAAAUGAAGAAACUCAUGAUGUAGCUGGUACUUCUACUGUCUUGCCUUCUGUUUGGAGACUGCAAAUGCAAAAGAAAUAUCACAAGCUGUUAUGCUCUAGUGAUUCAAAUUUUGCAGCAAGGAAGUUAUGUGAAGACUCUUUUAAAAGUUUGAAAGUUGCUAUUCAAGAUCAAGUUGGAAGCAUUUAUUUCUCAGAUAGUGACUCCACCUCUGUUGGUGCGCCUUCAGCAAUAUCUAAUCCAAAAACUUCAAGGAAGAAGGGUGAAAGAAAUGUGCGUCGCAAAAGUAUUAUUGAAGUCAAAACAAAUCAAGCUAGAGGAAAGAAAAAGUUACGUCAAAUGAGCACAUCAGUCACUGAUCAUGCAACUUUGUAAUCAGAUUAUUAUAUACUAUUGUAUUUGUCUUCUUCUAUUUAGUUUCUGUUUUUUUAAAACAUAUGUGUAAUCUUAUUACUCAACGUCGUUGUUUUAAUGUUCAAAAGAAACCAUAUGCGUGCUCAUAUAUAUUAAUAUUUAUAAUUUACUCUUA